UAUUCUGUUCGUAAAUGAGAUACAAACUCUGUAGAAUUUGUAAGAAAUGAACAAUGACCAGUUUCUGGAUUUUACUUUUGAUCUUCAGCACCAUGUAUACAGUCCAACCUGGUAGACAUUGGGUUACUGCACAAUCCCCUACAAAGCCUCCAGUUCAUCAGCCUGAUAAAGAGCUCAGUGUGAAUAUCGGAGACUCGGCUACUCUGAGAUGUUGUUAUGAUCCUGAAAAUGUAGUUGGAAUAAUAGACUUGUUUAAGCAACCAACCAAAAAAAGUCCUCAGAUUAUUGUAAGGGUAUUUAAAAGUAAUAGAGAAACAUUUCACAAUGGAUUCCAAAAGUCUCGUUUUCAUACCGAAAGAUCUUCAAACUGCUUCAGUAUGACCAUUUUAAACAUCACUCAGUCUGAUGAAGCCAUGUACUUCUGUGCAAUCACAUUCCCAAACACUGUGUUUGGAGAUGGAACUUAUUUAAAAAUUAAAGGUAAGCAUGUUACUAUUGGAACAGAAACAUCUAAACCAGCUCUGAGUGGUAAUUCAGUGGUGUGUGAACCAACACUGCAUGGAAACAACACUAACAUGAACACACAACACCGAACAGUGAUUGGUUUGGGAAUGGCUUUGGGUUUGUGCGCACUUCUGAUUUUCUGCCUCACUUAUUACAUACUGAGGAGAAGAAAACGUGAUAAAAUAAAUGCUUCUCCAGGAACAAGGCAGGAAUCUGAAGCCGAAUCACUGAAUUACGCAGCUUUGCAAUUCUCCAAGAAGAAAGCCAAAUCUGAAAAAAGAAAAACUGGAGAUGAGUGUGUGUACUCCGAUGUGAAUACAACUGUACGAUAUAACAUAGUUGAUUCAUAACACACAGUGGAACACGUGGCAAAAACAGUGACAAUGUUAAAUAUCUUGACUUGAAAUUUAUUUCAGAUUUGCAUUAAAAUCUUCCAAUUACUACAAGUUUAUUAAACCAAUAUCAAUAUCAAUAUCAACCAAUGUCAAUCAAACUUGACAGAUAAGUAUAUAUCUUAAAACACAAUUAAUUUAUGUUAUUAUUAAUUAAUUUAUUUGAUUAUCUUAUUUCUGUUUACAUUAAACUCAACAUAAAAAUACAUAUUAAAUAAAUUUGCUCAUGUUCACAAUAUUUUUUGUAUCCAUUUUUUUUCUGUUUCCUGCUAUUAAACUGAAGGACAGAGAACUUGGUUCUCUUCGAACUCUUUAUUUUUAUACGACUACAGUGUUGCAAUUUGUGAAGUUAUAUGACUGUAUGACUCAGAAUUUUGCUUAAGCCUAUACAUGU